AUGGUGGGACACGUGACGGGGAAGGACUUAGGUAUGGGCAUGUUUCAGUUCGAUUUUGAUAAGGAGGAGGAUAUUGAGGGAGUUUUGAAGCUACAGCCCUAUCAUUUCGACUACUGGAUGAUAGCCAUAGCUAAGUGGCAGCCAAAAAGAUCUCUGACCUUCCCCUCGGAGAUACCAUUUUGGGUUCGGGUUCUGGGUGUAUCGAAGGAGUUCAGAACGGCUAAGACGUUUGCAAGUAUUGGUGACGCUAUAGGCAAGACUCUAGAGGUGGAUGUGGAGCAGAUGCGGGUGCUGGUGGUGGUGGACGCGUUCACUGAGCUUUGUUUCGAAACAUCAAUUGAGUUCAAAGGUGGAGAAUACUAUGAGGGUGAGGAGGUGGCUAUCUCAUUGAGAUAUGAGAAAUUGUUUGGGUACUGCACCCUUUGUGGUAGUCUGUGCCAUGAGGAGGCCAAAUGCGUUCUAGCUAAGGGCCAAACUAAGAAGCGUUUGGAGGAGAAAAAAGAGAACCAGUACGGGAAUGGUGGAUGGCAUGAAGGUGGAGCACAUGAUGAUCGUGCUAGGAGUUAUAAAGGAGUAGUACUCAAUGAGAAUGGCAAUCGACAGAACCGUGAAAGGGAAGGAAGGGAGUACUAUGGUAAAGGCAAGGGGAAAAUGUACGAGGAGUCAGAAUCUAGAUGGGUGAGAGUUCCAGAUAGAUCAAACAAGAAGCAUCCUGCGCCGGGGGACCUUAAUAGUGGAGUGAAAGGCUUACCUCGCCAAUCACUAUCUCGUGAGGGAGCACAAUCAGGUGGCUAUGCACACCCUCCAGUUACUGGUAGCACUCAGCAGGAGCAGAGACGCCCAGUGGAGGAACUGCGAGAGGAAGGGGAGAUUAUGGAUACUAAGGAUGAUCAAGGGGUGCUGCCUUCACUGGAGUUUCAGAAACAAUUGGCUGAGACCCAGGCGCAGGGACCACUGGUGGUCUCAGAUCAGGUUGACAUGGAGGAUGGAUUACAACAGUUGCAAGGCCUAAGGGGAGAGCAGACUAGGGGAGGAGAUGAUGAAGCGAUGGAGUGGGAAGUGAUUAAGGCUUCUUGUCGGGCAGAUGGUUUUGAUGUGGACAAUGUGGAUGAUCUUCCAGAGCUCACUGCGGAAGAAGAGGCGGCUCUGAACCAAGAGAUGGAGGAAAUUGUAGUUCCUCAGGAGUUUUUGGAGGAGAGUGAUAAGGCAAACAAAAAGGAGCAGGCUGGUGAAGAAGACAUCAAAAAACAAACGACUAAGAAACGUUUGUUCAAGGCGCCUCCGAGUAGUGCGGCGAGCAACAAGCUGCGAGUGGCCAGUGCGAUCACUUCUCCUCGUAGGAAAACUCAGGCUAAGACAGGAACCCGCAAUGGAGAAGGCAGAAGCAAUCAGGAAGGAAAGGGCUCGUCAAACCCAGCUUCCAGUCAUCCAUUACCUUAG